AGGAAAGCCGGGGUGGUUCGAAAGAAUCCACGCGCGUCAGCCUGCUCCACAAAUCGGCUCUGGGGUAGUAUCGCAUCGGACGAGUUCCGAUGGAACAUCUCCAAUUCUCCGCAUUCUGUACCCCAACCCUGGCCGAUCUUCAUCGUUACACCGUCGUCAUUCGUCGGGGCGCAGAACUCCGCGAUCGCCAGUUGCUUGUCUCACACCAGGAAUGCCAGGUUUUUGUCGGCCCGUCUUCGGGGUGAACACAUAAAUGUAGGCAUCCCGCUGCCUCUGCUGGCUUUCUCAACCCUCGGCGGGUUAUUGUUCGGCUAUGACCAAGGCGUAGUCAGCGGUGUCAUUACCAUGGAGUCCUUUGCGGCUAGAUUUCCGCGUAUUUUUUCCGACAGUGGCUUCAAGGGGUGGUUCGUUUCGACCCUUUUGUUGGCGGCGUGGCUAGGCUCGUUGGUCAAUGGACCCGUUGCCGACCGGCUGGGACGCAAGCUGUCGAUAAACCUGGCAGUCGUCAUCUUCGUGAUCGGAUCCGUUUUUCAGUGCGUCGCGGCGAAUCUGCCGAUGAUCUUCGCUGGGAGAGCAGUCGCUGGUUUCGCGGUUGGUAUGCUGACCAUGGUCGUUCCGCUGUAUAUCUCCGAGGUCUCGAUUCCUGAAAUCCGCGGUGGUCUCGUGGUUGUACAGCAGCUGUCCGUCACCCUCGGUAUCCUGAUAAGCUACUGGAUCGACUACGGCAGCAACUACAUCGGCGGCUCGCGCUGCGCCCCGGACGUCCCCUACGCUGACGGCACGAGCUUCAACCCGUACACUGAUGUCCCACCGGGAGGCUGCACAGGCCAAUCGAACAUAUCUUGGCGUCUACCCUUAGGACUUCAAAUUGCGCCCGCGGUGAUUCUCGGUGUCGGCAUGAUCUUCUUCCCGGAUUCGCCACGCUGGCUCUUGAUGAAGGAGCGCGACGAUGAAGCCUUGUCUGCGCUGUCGCGAUUGCGGAGGCAGGCCCGGGAUAGUCUGCCUCUUCAGAAUGAGUACCUCGAGAUUCGGGCUUCUAUCAUGCUUGAGAAUACGUUUGCGCGGGAACAUUUUCCGAAUCUUUCGGGUGUCAAACUACAUGCUGCUCAGUACUUGUCCUUCCUCACGACCUGGUCUCGGUUCAAACGCUUGACGAUUGGCUGCUGCGUCAUGUUCUUUCAGCAGUUCAUGGGUUGCAACGCCAUUAUCUACUACGCCCCAACGAUCUUCAGCCAAUUAGGCCUAGACGGGAACACGACCUCCCUCCUCGCUACCGGCGUAUACGGUAUCGUCAACUGCCUUAGCACCCUGCCAGCCCUUUUCUUCAUUGAUAAAGUCGGCCGUCGUGUUCUCCUCAUGGCUGGUGCCACGGGCACCUGUAUCUCUCUGGUUAUUGUGGGUGCUAUCGUGGGAGCAUAUGGGUCUAGCCUGGUGGAUAAUAAGUCUGCCGGCUGGGCGGGUAUUGCGUUCAUUUAUAUCUACGACAUCAACUUCUCAUAUUCGUUUGCCCCGAUCGGCUGGGUUCUCCCAUCGGAGAUAUUCAACCUCUCUAUCCGAUCCAAAGCCAUCUCCAUCACGACGUCCGCGACUUGGAUGUGUAACUUCAUAAUCGGCCUCGUCACCCCCGACAUGCUCGAAUCAAUCACCUGGGGCACUUAUAUCUUCUUCGCAGCCUUCUGCCUCAUAGCACUGGCGUUCACGUUCUUUUUCAUUCCCGAGACUCGUGGAAAGACUCUUGAAGAUAUGGACCUCAUCUUUGGGGAUACAGCUGCACACGAGGAGAAGAAGCGCAUCAAGCAUAUUGAGGCUCAGCUGCGUGGGACUCCGAUUGAGGAUGAUGAGGUUUUGAAACCGGUCGAGCACCAUGCGGAGAUGGUGGGUGCUGUCUGAUGGCUAUGAUAACAUUGCUGCGGCAAGGUUGACGGAAGAUAUAUCUCAAAGCUAUGCUGUGAAAUAAACAAUACCUUCAUUCCACGUACCUAAGGAUUCGAGAAAGAGAAGAGGAAUAGAAAGACAUUUGAGAUUAUCCUCGUCCAAACCAAGCACGCAUCAUCUCGUCAUCACACUAGGAACGUACGGAACAAGUCCCACAUCUCACGAAGAACCGCUCUUCUUCCUCUCCUCAAAAACCAACUCAAGCGCCCCCGUCGCCAACGUGAAGGUGUCAUGACAACUCUCCAAGAAAACAUCGGCUCUUUGCCCCUGUGCAAGACGGACGUCGUAUCUGGUCAGAAUCUCGGCGGCAACGAGUCGGAGUUCCAUCAGCGCCAACUGCUUUCCGACACACGCGUAUGGGCCUAGAGAAUGAUCAGGACUACAAGACCAGGACUAGGAAUUGGGAUUUAUGACAAACCAGCAUUGAACGGGA